AUGGAGCCGCCGUGGGCCCCAGGUGGGCCUCCUGGACCUCGUGCUGCAGCAGCAACAGCAGCAGCAGAAGCAGCAGCAGCAGCAGCAGCAGCAGCAGUAGCAGGUGCUGCUUCGCGCUCUUACCUCGACAGCAGCGAUGAGCAGGAACAGCAACUUGCUGCUGCAGUGCAGCAAGUAGAGAGGCCCCUCCCGGUAGACUGCGGCAUCUCCACGCCCAGCAGCACACCCCGUACAGAGCGCCGCAGCAGUGCGGGGUUUUCUGCUGUUGCUGUUGCUGCUGCUGCUGCUGCUGCUGAGGAGCAGGACAGUGCGGACGCAGUUGCGAUACCAGGCGACCUUCCUCACCUUCCGCUCCCUGCGACUCUUCUGCAGCAGCAGCAGCAACAGCAGCAGCAGCAACGGCAGCAGCAGCAGCAGCAGCCCAAACUUGACUUAAUUCUGGUGCAGCCGCCACGACUUGAAGGGGGAGCGGCAACAGCAGCAGCUGCUGCUGCUGCUGUGGGGAGCCGUACAAACGUGAAAGAUGCAGCAGCAGCAGCGCCACAUGACGCUGCAGCGGCUGCUGCAGCAGCAGCAGCAGCAGCUGCUGCUGCUGCUGCUACAGGAGCAGCAGGUGGUGCAGGGGACUUGAAGGAGCAAAUGGCGCUGCUGCAGGUUGCAGCAGCAGCAAAAGAUGCAGCACUCAACUUUGUAAGAAAAACGAUGCAUAGGCAGCAAAUAGCAGCAGGAGACAGCGGCACACGCAGGCAGACACAGCAGCAGCAGCAGGAACAACAACAGCAGCAGCAGAAGCAGCAAGGGGAGAGGCAUAGAGAGACAGAGGAGAGAGAGCAACGGCAGCAGCUGCAGCUGGAGCUGGCGGAGACGCGGAGGGAUCUACUGCUGCUGCAGCAGCAGCAAGAGCAGCAGCAGCAGCAGCAGCAGUUUCUGCUGCCGCAUCUAGGCGUUGGCGUAGACAUGCAGCAGACGCAAACCCACAGGCUGCAGCAGCAGCUGCUGCAGAAAGAGCAGCAGCUGCGAGGCCUUGCUGCUGCACUCGACAGCUUCAGGGUGCAAAGCAGAGCAGCAGCAGCAGCACUGCAGCAGCAUCUGCAGCAGGCAUUUGAACGCGUAGCCGAGGCGGAAGCGGAAGCAACGGAGAGGCAGCGACAGACGCAGGUGCUGCAGCAGCAGACCGCAGCAUUGGAGCAGCAACUCGUGGAACUGCAGCAGAAGCAUGCUGCUGCUACCGAGAUGCGUGAUGCCUUGCAGCAGUUGCUGCAGCAGCAGCAGCAGAGCAACGCGCGGCUGCAGCAGCAGCUAUCGCUGCAGCAGCGCAUUAGCCAUGAGGUGCAGCAGCAAAUGGAGCAGCAGCAGCAACGAGUUGACCUGUUGCAGCAGCGAAAUGAAGAGCUUCAGGAGGAAGCAGCAGAGUAUCGACGCAACGCCGCGGCUGCUGCAGCUGUGGGGCCCGCAGCAGUUGCUGCUGCUGCAGGGGGAGGGGGAGAGUCAGAAGGCAUUGCAGCUUUGCUGCUGCUGGAGCGGCAGCUGGCAGCUGAGCCAUACGAGCAGCAGCUGCAGCAGCUGCACCAAGAGACACAGCAGCAGCGUCAUGAGCUGCAGCAGACCAAAGCUGAGCUGCAGCAAGCUCAGCAGCAGAUUCAAAUGUACGAGCAGCAGCAGCAACAGCAGCAGCAAAAGCAUGAAGAGCAGCAGCUGCAGCAGGCUAACCUGGAGCAGCAGCUGGCGCAGCAGCAGCAAGAGCAACUGCAGCUGCUUGAGGAGAGGGAUCGAUUUGUUGCUGCUAUUCGCCUGCUGCAGCAGCGCUGCGAUGAGCAGCAGCACCUGCAGGAGGGUCAGAAGCAACAGCAACAGCAGCAGCAGCCUGAUGAGGAGGAGCAGCAAGAUGAACAGCAGCAGCAGCAGGUUGCAAGCGUGGAGACACUGCAGCAGCAAGUGAGCUCCCUUGUAUCUGUCAACGCUCAGCUUUCGCAGUGGAUUCGCCGUUUGCUGCAGCUCGUCCUGCAGCGGCUGCAGCACGACAGCAGCGGCAGCAGCAGCGGGGGCGAAGACAACAGCAACAGCAGAAACUCGCUGCAGCAGUCUGCAGCAACCGAAGACGCAGAGCUGCGCGAGAACCUCAACGAGCUGUUGUGCUCCUUGCAGCAGCAGCCACUUAAUGAAGAACUGAAGCUAAACUUGUCGUCCUACCUGGAGCAGCUGCAGCAGCAGCAGCAACAACAACAACAGCAGCAGAAACAGCAGCAGCAGCUACUGCAGCGGGCGGCAAGGCGCCAGAGAGCUCGGUCCACUUCACCGGGCCGCGAAGCAAUGGCGAGGAACAGCAGCAUCAGCAGCAACAGCAGCAGCAAGCGCCGCAGCAGGAGCAGCAGCAGCAGCAACAGCAGCAGCAGCAGCACGCUCGAUGGAGGCGUGGCGAUCGACAGUGUCAGCACUGCGAAGCAGCAGCAAGAGGCGCUGCUGCUCUGGGAGAGACAGGUGCAGCGAAGGAGACAAUUAUCAGCAGCGCUCGAAGCUGGAGACCUCGAGUCAUUGAGUGAACCCCAGCAGCAGCAGCAGCAGCAGCAGCAAGAGCUGCACCUGCAGCAGGCCCCACAGGUCGCUACAGUCGGCGUGCAGACCGAGGAUAUGCACAACGAAGAACAGCAACGGCAGCAGCAUGAGCUUCAGCAGCUGCAGCAGGAGCUUGGGCAGCUGCAGCAGCAGCUGCAGCACCUGAAACAACUGCAGCACGAAUGGCAGCAAAAGGAGCAGCAGUUGCAGAAGGCACAACAAGAGCUCAGCAAGGCUAAGGUGAUGCACUGUCUUACUGCUGUUGCUGCUGCUGCUGCUGCUGCUGUUGUUGUUGCUGUAUCUGCUGUAUUUGUUGCUGCUGUUGCUGCUUCCCUUGAAGCUUCGUCUGGACCGUGUGAUUUGCUGCUGCUGCUGCUGCUGCUGCAGGAAGCAGAGAGGGAACGGGCAGAGUCAGCGCAGCGGGAGUUGGGCGCAGCACAAGUGCAGCUGCUGGAGACUCGAGAAGCCGAGCAGCAGCUGCAGCAGCAGAGGGAGAAGGAGCAAGAGCAGCACGAGCUGCAGCAGCAGGAGCUACAGCAGCUGCAGCGCCAACUCGAAGCAGCGGAAGAGGCACUGCAGCAGCAGAGGGAACAUUAUGAGGCGCUCCUUGCGGCACACAAGGACCGUGCAGCAGCAGAAGCAGCAGCAGCAGCAGCAGUAGUAGUACAUCCGCAGCAGUCAGGUGAGCGGAAUAUGGUCUCUGUGGCUGUGCAGACAACGCAGCAGCAGCAGCAGCAGCAGCAGGAGACGCAGACAGAGUUGCAGCGUCUCAUGGCCGAUGCCAUCACUUCGGAGACACAAACUGAGCUGUCGCUUCUGGAGCCGUUGCUGCAGCAGCAACUCAUGCUGCAACAGCAGCAGCAGCAGCAGAAACCCAGUGCAGCAGCAGCAGCAGAAGGGGGGUCGACAAAGGCGAAGGCGCGUGAGGCGGAGACCCAAACGCCUUUGCAGCAGCAGCGCAGCGUGAAGAUCCAGUGCAACAGAGACAAGACAACGGGAACAGCAUCAGAUACAGCAGCAGCGGCUGCUGCUGCUGCUAGUUCUUCUUUUGUCGAGACACUUGAUGCAGAGACACAGGUGGAUCCGGCAUAUCUGCUACAGGAUGAGCAGCCACAGCAGCAGCCGCAGCAGCAACAGCAACAGCAACAGGAUGCGGAGUCCUUAGCAGCAGUAGCUGUAGACAGCAAGAGAGGGGGAGAUGCUUCUGCGCCCGUUUUCGGCCUUCAUCGUGCAGAUGGCAGCAGCAGCAGCAGCGGCAACCGCAGCAGCAGCAGCAGCAGCAGGAACAGCAGCACGGCGAGGCUUCGGGGUCGUAGCAGCGUUUCAUGGGUGCAGCAAAGUGCGAUCCCAACACGAAGGAGGCGUUCCUUGUCAGCAGCAGCAACGGCUGCUGCUGCUGCUGCGGCAGCUGCUGCUGCUGAUGGAGACCGAUGCUCUUGCCGCUGCUGCAGGAGGCGCCAGAGGCUGCACCGUUCUCUGCUGCAUGCUGCUGGUGAUGCUGCUGUAAGCGCUGUACAGAGAAGCUCUACCCGCACAAGAGCCCAGCAGCGAAACCGUCAGAGCAGCAGCAGACGCAACAGCAGCAGCAGCAUCAGCGGCGAUAGGCUGUAUCUAAGUGGAGCCUUCACAGGUCGUGCAGGCCGGCGGCGCAAAGUAGUGCAGCAACAGAAGCAGCAGCAGCAGAAGCAGCAGAAGCAGCAGCGGCAGCAAACACCGGACAGCGACUCUUCCUGGACCAUGAACUCCACUCCAAGCCGCUACGUGCGCAGGCUGCUGCAGCAGCAGCAGCAACAGCAGCAGCGGCAACAUCAGCAACAUAGGCAUGAGGUGUCUGUACACCCCGUGGAGGAAUUCGUUGAUCUGCUGAAGGAAGUCGACGGCAUCGCAGACCCUGCAGCGCCUCCUCCGCGCUUGCACCGUCAGCAGCAGCUGCAGCAACAGCAGCAGCAGCAGCAGCAAGAAACAGCUUCUGCGGUAUCAUUUAUAGCAACCGCCCAGCGCAGCAGCCACCAACAUCUGCAGUACGGGCACAGGAGCAGGGCAGCAAAACACAACUACAAUGCAACUGCAGCACCAGACUGCGAGGGCGUGGAGACCAUACAGCAGCAGCAGAAGCAACAGCAGCUUCUGCAGCUGCAGCAGGAGGCUGCCCUGGCUUUUGUUGCAGUGCUGGCAGCAACCGCUGCAGCCGGCGGCUGCCGGCUGCUUUGCUCCUCCUGUGGCGGUUUCUUCGCAUGUCUGCAUGCGGCGCAUGCAGCAGCAGAAGAGGCAGCAGCCGUAAAAGGUGCAGCAGCGGACGCCGCCGCCGCCGCUGCUGCUGCUGCUGCUGAGAAGUUCGGCAAAGCAGCAGCUGCUGCAGACGAGUGCAGGGGCCUGACGUGGGAGAAGUCGCUGCUAAAGAAGCAGCAGCGGCUGCUGCUGCCUCGUUGGCUUCAGCCGUGCUGCUGCCCUUUGCAUGCGCAUGUUACCUACGUCCGCGUGCCUGCAGCAGGAGACGCAGCUGCGGCAGCAGCAGCAAUUGCUGCUAAUGCUGCUGCUGCACCUGGUUCUCCGCAAGCCCAGCAGCUGCGCAGCGGAGACCACGAAGCGCAGCGGUUGCUGCAGCAGGAGUUGCUGCUGGCCCGAAAACAGCAACAGGAGGCAGCAGAGCAGCUGCAGCAGCAGCACAAGAAGCUCACUGAAGCCGAGCAGCAGCUGCAGCACCUGCAGCAACUGCAGCAGCAACAACAAAAAUCGGUGGCAGCUGCAGCACGCGCCAAGGCAGAGGCGUGCGCAGCAGCACGCAAGGGCCUCGCUGCUGCAGCUGCAUGCAGAGAAGUGCUGGAGCAGCUGCGGUCUCAGUUUAGAGAUCUUUUGCAGGGUUUGUCUCCUAGCGACCUGCAGCAACAGCUGCAGCAGCUGCUGCAGCUGCUGCACCAAAGCAGCAGCAAGCUGCACGAGCUUCCCUUGUUCCCUUCAGUGCUGCUGCCUGAUCGCCGUCUUACUUCGUGGCUGCUGCAGCACGUCUGGCAGUGCGUCUACCUCUUCGCUGUGCGUCAGAAGCAUGUCUCCCGGCUGCAGCUGCAAGACCAGCAGCAGCUGCUGCAGGCGUGGCAGAAGCAGCAGCUUCAGGAGCAGCGGCAGCAAAUGGAGGCGCAGCAGCAACAGCUUCUGCAGGAGCAGCUGCAGCAGCAGCUGAAACGAGUGCAGCAGGAAACCCAGCAGCAAUCCAAGACGCGCUACAUCGACACAGCCCUGCUGCUGUUGCAGGCUGACAAGCAGCAGCUGCAGCAGCGGGAGCAAUGGCUGCAGCAGCAGCACCAGGCUCUACAGCAGCAGAUACAAGAGCGCGAGCUGCAGCUGCGCGAUCAGGAAGAAGAGUUGCAGCAGCUGCGCGUGCAGCAACAGAAGCAUGAGCAGCAGCAGCACAUGUUACAGUCGGAGCUGCAGGAGCAGCAGAGAGACGCAGAAGAAACUAUCUCCCGCCUAUCGACUCGCCUGAGGGAACUUCUGGCUGAACAUGAUUCUUCAAAGCAGCAGCAGCAGCAGCAGCAGCAGGAACAGCAGCAGCAGCUCCAAAGAGCAGAGCAGCAGCUGCGCCAAGAGCAGCGCAAUCUGCAAGACGACCGGCAGCGCCUCCUGCUGCAGCAGCAGGAGCAGCAGCGUUUGCUGCAACAGGAGUAUCGACAGCUUGAUGAAGACAGGCUUUCGCUGCAGCAGCAGCAGCGCGAGUUUGACGCCCUGAGCGAGAAGCUGCAGCAGGAGCAGCAGGAGUUGCGAGAGCAGCAGCAGCUACUGCAACUGCAGCAGCAGGAAAUGCAGCAGCAGCAGCUGCAGCUGCAAGAGCAACGGCACUUAACGGAGCGGCGCCACUCCGAAGUGCAGCAGAAGCGCGAGGAGAUGGAGCUGCAGUCACAAAAGUUGCAGCAGCAGCAGCAGCACCUGCAACAGCAACAGCAAGAGCUGGAGGAACGAAGAAGGGGUCUGAAUCAGCGCCAAGAGGAGCUGCAGCAGCAGCAGCAGGACCUGCAGCAGCAGCAGCGAGUAGCCAGGGAAGAGCGCCACCGAGUAGAGAGUCAGCAGCGUCGCAUUGCUGCACAGCUGCAGCAGCAGCAACGGGAGGCAGAACGCCUUGUGCGCGAGAGAGAGGUACAGCAGCAACAGCAGCAGCUGCAGGAGCAGCUUCUGAAGCAGCAGCAAGACCACUUGGCUCGGCAGCAACAGCGGCUGGUGGAGAGUGAGAAAGAACUCGCCGAAAAGCAGCUGCUGCAGCAGCAAGAGUUUCAGCAGCAGCAGCUGCUGCUGCAGCAGCAGCUUGAAGAGCUGCAGAUGCAACAGCAGCGGCUUUCUGAUCAAGAGGAAGCCGCCGUGAAUCUCCGACGCGAGCUGGAGCAGCAGCAGCGCCGCAUAAGGCAGCAGCAGGAGCAGCAACAGCAGCAGCAGGAGCACAAUGCAGACAGCGACGUGCCCCAAGCCAUGCAGGAGCUGCAGCAGGAGGUCGGCUCGCAGCAGCAGCACAUUCAGGAGCUCUACGGGCAGUUAAUGAAACUGCAGCAGGCUAACGCCGAGCUGCAGCAGAAGCUACUGGAUGCUCAGCAGCAGCAGCAAGAUGACAGGAGCAGCUGCCUGCAGCAGAAAGAGCAGCUGCAGCUGCUGCGGCAGCAACUGGAGCAACAACAGCAGCAAGCAGCACAAAAAAUCGCGCAAGCGCAGCGCGACCGUGAGAAACUGCAGCAGCAACAGCAGCAGCAGCAGCGGGAGCACGCAGCGGAAUUGCAGCAGCUACGGCAGCACUCGGAGGACCUCCAAAAGAAACAGAAGCAGCAAGAGCGUGAAGGAGAUGCACUAAGGGAGCAGCUGCAGCGCCAGCAGCUGCAGCAGAAACAGUACGAAGAGCAGACGCUGCAGCAGCGGCGGCAGCUUGAAGCGGAGCUGCAGCAGCAGGUCUCCAGAGCAAUGCAGUUGCAGCUGCAGCUCACCGAAUUGCAGCAACAGCUACAGGCGCUAGAGGAGCAGCACGAGCAGCAGACGCAGCAGCAGAUGCAGCAACAGCCGCAGCACAGCAAGAAUGAAAGCGAGCAGCAGCAGCUUCUGCAGCAGCGCAUGAACGCUUUGCUGAGGCAUGCGGAUCGGACCCUUAGUUGCUGCGCGCUGCUAGAUAGUCAACUGCAGCAACUCCAGCAGGUAGAGCGUAUGCAGCAGCAGCAGCAGCAUCAGCAGCAGCAGCAGCCAAGUGACCCCUCCAGCUCAACCGCUGCUGCUGUUUUCAAGACGUUGCAGCAGGUCCACCAGCUGCAACAGCAGCUGCUGCUGCUGCAGCGUCUUAUGAGGGAGACGCAAGAGGAAGAAGCGGCGUGUUCAGCGGAAAGCAGUAGCAACAGCGGCAGCCAGGACAGCAGCAACAGCAGCAGCAGCAAAGACAGAAGCAGCACCAGCUUCGACCCAUUCACUCCCCAGCAGGAGACACUGGGAGAGCCCGAUCUCAUCUACGGUUCUUCCUCUGCCACAGAUGCUUCUUGCACGCAGAAGCAGCAGCAGCAGCACCACCACCACCACCACCAGAAACCAGGAGAGCAGGGUCGCCAGCAGUUGCUGCAGCGCCAGCUUACAAGGCUUCGUAAGGAGCUGCAGAUAAAAACCCAUGAGCUGCAGCAGCAGACACAGGAGCUUUCGUUAGUCCGCCUGCAGCUGCAGGAGCUGCAGCAGCAGCAGCGGCUGCAGCAGGAGCAGCAGCAACGGCAAGCAGACGAAGUGGACUCGAAGCAGGCACUUUUAGAAGAAGUGGCGGCUUUGAGAAAAAUGCAGCAGAUUCUGCAGCAAUCCAUACAGCAGCAAGCAGCAGAACUGCAGCAGCGAGAGAAGCAACUCUCGUUUCAGCAGCAACAGCUCGAGGCAGCACAGGCCGAGCUGAAACUGCAGCAGGGGACACUGGAACAAAAGCGGCAGCAACUGCUGCUGCAGCGAGUUGCCCAGGAGCAAACGGCACACGAACAGGAGCAGCAGCAGCGGCGUCUGGAGAAACAUAGGUUGCUGCUGCUGCAGCAGGCAUCGAAGUUGCAGCAGCAGCAGCAGUAUGAGCAGGUCUCACCAAAUUUUUCAAAGAAUGCUGCACGGGCUCAGCAGCAAACCCUGUUUUCGGGAGAGGCCCUGCAGCAGCAACAAAAGUAUAUGCAGCAACACAAGGCGGAGGGCUUUGCUGGUGGCGAAGGGGCGACUGAGGCACAGCAGCAGCAACAGGAGCUUCUGCUGGAGCAACUCGAGGAGCAUGUGGCAGCUGCUGAAGAGGUGCAGCAUCAGCAUGCAGGGGAGUUGCAGCAGCAGCAUGAAGAUCAACAUGAGCUUCUUCGGCAGAGUCUCGCGAUGCAGCGAGACCUUCUGCAGACGGUGUACGCACAUCUGCGAGAGGAGCAGCGCAUGCUGCAGCAGCAGGAGCAGCAGCAACAGCAGCAAGAGUCCGACAGUCGCGUGGCUCAGCUUAGCGAGUUUGUCCUGAUGACCGUCAGAGGAUAUGCGCGCUUCUUCAGUUUCCACUGCAGUGGGGACCUUAGCAGCAGCAACAGCAGCAGCAGCAGCAACAACAGCUACGAGGUGAGCAGCAGCACGAGCGACCUUUUUGUCAGCGGCAAAGCCCUCUCUGGCUCUUCUCUUUCGCACAGGCAUACUUCCGAUCAAGAGGAAGACGCGGAGUCCGCACUGGGGAGUGCAAUCUGCCCUGUAGCGCCGACGGUGCAGCAGCUGCUGGAUGCUCUGGCGCUUCGGGAUCAUCCCGGUGUACACUCGCUGCAGCAGCAAGAGCAGCAGGAGGAGCAGCAACAGCUGCAGCACGAUGGGCAGCAGCAGCAGGACAGUGCGUCAAGCCCGCUGUGCCUGUCCGUCAGUGGCAUCUCUCUAAACGCACUGCAGCAGCAAGACAUCGCCUUCUUAGAAGCCUUUGUUGCUGGCCUACACCGGCUAGUGCUGCGCUGCGCCGUUGCUGCUCGGCGCGCACAGAAAAAGACACCGUCUUUGGCAGAUGCAGCAGCAGAUGUAGCAGGUGCAGCAGAUGCAAGUACGGCACCUAGACCAGAACAGGAAACGGUGUCGGCAGCAGCAGCAGCAGCAUCAGAGCGUGUGCUGCAACAAAUGGUUCCGUGCAACGACCAUUCCCCUUCGAGUCUCAGCGGAACGGAUACCGGUGCAGCAGCAAGUACAGCAACAGCAGCAGCAGGGGUUACCGACAAUGCUGCGGUGGAUUUGCAGCAGCCUCAAAGCGACCCUACGGGUGGGAAGGACUCAGAAAAACGCCAGCGAAACUCUGCAGCUGCAUUGCAUGCGGAGGAUGGCAGGUGGUGUUCGCCCUCUGCUUCUCCAUCUUUGGCUCAUCAUAGAAGCAGCAGCAGCCAGCAUAGUAUUAGGAGCAAUAAGAACUCAUGGAGGCGCAGCAGCAGCAGCAGCAGCAGCAGCAGCGGCGGCAGCAACACAAGCGCGCGCACUUACCCGAUGCUGCAUCACCAUCCGCCGCAGCAGCAACUGCUGCCGCAGAGUCCAGCACCGCACUGUGAUGACGCAUGCGCUGCAGCAGCAGAAGCAGCAGCAUCAGAUGGCUCAUCAGAAGCAGAAAACAAACCCGCUGUAGGCGUAGAAGCAGCAGCAAUGAUAACUGCAGAAGAAGUUUUUGCGGAAACUGCGCAGAAUCCCGCACGAUCAAUAGACGACAAGCAGCAACAGCGAAGGGGACGGCAGAGACACCAUCGGAGGCACGAGCUGCUGCUGCAGCAACCCGGGAAAGCUGCGGAUACAGCAGUGCCUGCUGCUGUCACAGGCCUUCCCCAGCGGGAGACGCCGUCCUUCCCCCCAGUGUGUGGCAGAAGGGGCAAUCACCGCAGUAGCAGCAGCGGCAGGGGGAGCAGCAGCAGUGACACAGCAACUGAAGAGCUGGAGCGUCUGCCUGAGAGGAGACGCGCAGCAGCAGAAGGGGAAGCACGUGCAGCAGCAGCAGCAGCAGGUGAAGUGUCACCUUCGAGCCGAUUAAGGGUCUCAACAGGCAGCGGAGACAGAGUGUUUCUCUUCGAAAUGGGGCCUUCGCCUCCUGCAGCAUCGGAGGCCACAGAAGACGACUCGGACUUCACGCUUUCUGGCCUGUCCAGUGUCACUGUAUCACAUUGUUCUUCAGCAGGAGAUCCGCUGCAGUCUCACCAGGGGGAAAACUAG